AUGGGAGUAAUGGAAGAAGUGUGUAAUAUUUGCGAUGCAUCCAGCAAAACUCGAUCUCAUCCAGCUUCUCAUUUAACAGAUUUGAAUAAUUUACAAAAUGUGACCUGUUGGAUGUCAGAACCAAGUACUGAUUAUCCACACAAUGUGACGUUAACUUUAUCACUGGGCAAAAAGUACGAGCUAACCUAUAUAUCAGUGCAAUUUUGCAAUCGUCUCGCUGAUUCUAUGGCCUUUUACAAAUCAGUAGAUUUCGGGAAAACUUGGAUACCAUUCCAGUUUUACUCAACAGAGUGUCAAAAAAUCUACGAUCGCAAUCCAAACAUUAAAAUUAGCAAACACAAUGAACAGGAAGCAUUAUGUACCAACACUCAUGCAUUGACCUCAGUGCCGAACCGAGUAGCGUUCGCAACGUUGGAAGGUCGCCCAUCAGCAUUUGAAUUUGAACACUCACCUGUACUGCAAGAUUGGGUUACUGCUACUGAUAUUCGUAUUAUUUUUAAUCGACUCAGUCCUGAUCAGGCUGAAUUAUAUGGCCUAACGAAUGAAAUGGGAGUGAACAUAACUGAUAUGGAUCAGCUCAAGCAGCGCUAUUAUUAUUCAGUGGGUGAGCUAGCUGUCGGCGGUCGUUGCAAGUGUAACGGUCAUGCUUCCAGGUGCAUAUUGGAUAAAACAGGCAAUUACAUUUGUGACUGUAAGCACAACACAGCUGGUGCCGAUUGCGAGCGCUGCAAGACAUUUCAUUUGGACCGCCCGUGGGGCCGCGCUACCUCGGAAAAUGCCAACCACUGCGUCGCUUGCAAUUGUAACCUACAUGCCAAGCGAUGUCGAUUUAACAUGGAACUGUAUAGGCUGAGUGGUAACAAGAGUGGCGGUGUCUGUAUUAACUGCAGACAUAAUACAGCCGGCCGUAAUUGCCAUUAUUGUAAACCAGGAUAUUUUCGAGAUCUGACAAAAUCAAUAACACAUCGGAAAGCGUGUAAAGCAUGCAAUUGUCACCCUGUUGGUUCGCUUUCACGAAGCUGUAAUCAAAGCAGUGGACAAUGCAUUUGCAAGGAUGGUGUCACCGGUUUGACCUGCAAUCAAUGUUCGAAGGGAUAUCAGCAGAGCCGUUCACCACUCCAUCCAUGCAUUCGUAAGCCAAGUUAUAUUACUGGCUGUUGCAAUAGCGAUAUUUGCCUAUUACUGCUUGAGCUUUCAUUUCAAAAUUCUCAUUACACUGGGGAAAAGUGA